GUUUCGUUUUGAUCGGAGCGCGCUUCGCUGGGUCAGUGUACCGGCGAAAGGCUCCCACCUCGCGCGCGCGCCGGAACGCUCCCCGCCGGGACUCCGCGCUGCCGCCGCCGCUGCACGACAACGUCCCGCAACCGACGGCGCCCCACAGAUUCCACAUAACCAUGAUACUACGAUUGAUUCUCCUUAGCUGGCUAGCAGCCAGCGGUCUCUGCCAAGAUGAGUCGACCACCACGACGACCCUAGCCAGUGACCUGCCAGCGACGUCGACGUCCACAGCGGCUGGCGACACCACGCAGACCAGCACCGCCAAGCCCAGCGACGAUGUCGAGGACGACAUCAACGACGCCAACGACUUUGUGGAUCAGAUCCUGGAGGAGGUGCAGACGAGCGAGACUAUCCAGUCCAAGAUAUCGCCCGCGUCCCUGGGCACACUGCAGUACAACGGCUUCGUGCUUUCCAACGCACUCCUCUACGGCGUGAACUCGGUGUACCGCAGCGACAACUGCACUUUCCGCUUCGGCGACUCCUCGUUUGACGUGCUCGUGCACCUUGGCGCGCGGGACCUGGCACUCGAGUCCGACUGGAAGAGGACCUGGCUCUUCAUACCGUUCGGCGGUAAGCUGUCUGCCAAGGUAGAGGACGUCAGCAUCUCCAUGGACAUUAAUGUCGACAACAACGGCACACCCUCGCUCCGCAAGCUUAAGGUGGCUCGCCUGAGCGACAUCCGCAUCACCCGGGCAACGGGCGCGAGCGUCCUGUUCAACUGGGCGCUGCGCAGCAUCCUCAACUGGGCCGUCAACGCCAACAAAGGCCGCAUCAUCCAGCUGGUGGAGACCGACGGAGCGAUGGCCAUCAACGAGGCCAUGAAGGACCUGGGCACCAAGCUCACCUCGCUCAAUGAGUUCCGCAAGCGCUAGGUCGUGCGCGGCCACGGGAACGAGCGGGGGCGCGGAGGGUCACGCUGCAGAACGCGCCGGCAUCUCGAAUAAGCGCCCAAGAAAAAUCGUGCGGGGCGAGGCACAAUAAGCUGCGGCGUUUUCCAUCCCCGUGCUCCCGAUGAAGCCAAGCUGAUACUAUAGCCAAGUUGAGGGUCUUCUGUAAAAUCCGCGCGUACGUUGUAUACUGUGCCGUUAUAGACUUUAAGCUGCAUGGGCAUUACAAAUGUGUUCGCGCGCGCCUCCUGCGCCAACCAUUAAUUUCGUCAGCAAUAAUUAUACACGCUUUGUGAGAGUGCUGGAUAAUGUUACGAUAUUCGCAAGAAAUCGUAAUCAGAAACAUUGCACUUCAGCCAAUACAGUGAACAGUAUGCAAGAACGCCAAGUACAUUCAGAAGUAAAGGUAACGGCAUCGCAGCGCCGUAUGACGGCGCUGCGCUGCAAAUCUGUUGUUACUUUGUAGUAUCGCAACUUCGAAAAGAAAAAAAAAAAGACUUGAUCAGGCUUGGAAUGAGACUAAAUGCCAAACAAGAGAGCCAAGUGAGAGUUUCAAGACUUGCAUUCUUGCAAACACGUAUGAAAUUACGUGACGCACAAACUUGCCAGAGUUGUAUACACAACGGAAUGCACGAAAAUGGCCGGCCAUUCAUGCAGUGCCCGUUACAGCAACAAAUGCUAAAGUAUCUUGACCGAAUCGUUGCGAAGGAGCUUCCCUUCUAUAGCCCGUUAUUUGCCGUUGUGCGCUGUCAAUUCAGUCGGUAGCAGUGUGUGCCAACAGUUCGGAGCACACGAUUGUGACAUAGGAUACGUGAGAACGCUGCACUAUAUCCGUCGCGUUUUUUCUCUUCUUGAUGGCGCGAUAACUGUGAUAAUACACAGCUGCGAUUCGCGGUUUUUUUUUGUAUUUAAUGUAAUUAUAUUUUUCAUAUAGAGUAUAGCACACUUGACAUAUAUCAACGAAGCUUUACGCUCAAGCCGGAUCAUAAUCCCAUCGCAUGCAUGAUUCACCUGCGCCUUCACGCAAACGAGAUGCACAGUGAGACUGGUCAAACACUGUUUCCACGGCACGGAAGCAUCAGUGGGAGCUUCUCUACACACAAGCGCUACACACCCGGUGAUGUUCUAGUACUUUAAUAAAUGU